CUUUUCUCCUUUCCCUUUCCCUUUCUUUUAUUCAUUUUUUACUCCUUCCUUUUCUCCAACCAACCCUUCCUUCCCUGUUUUUACUCUCCUCUCCUUCCUUCCUUCCUUCCUUCCUUCCUUCCUUCCUUCCUUCCUUCCUUCCUUCCUUCCUUCCUUCCUUCCUUUUCCCCUUCCUUCCCUUUUCUUUUUUCAUUCCUUACUCCUUCCUUCCCUUUUUCCAACCCACUCUCUCUCUCUCCCUCCCUCCCUCCCUCCCUUCUCACCAAGACCCCCCCCCCAUAUAGGCCCCUCUGGCUGGGAAUGAGAGGCUCUGUAGUCCAGACCUUGUGGAAGGCACUUGAAAGGCUAGGCUAGGAGUGGAAUCCUCCCGUGCUGGAGACAGAGGGCUGGUUCUCAAAUGGAUGCCUGGCUCGCUUAGAUUCCGCAGCUCCGUUGCUAUGUACAUCUCCUUCGCCUAGCAACCGGACAGGCAUUCUAGCUUUUAAAGUGCCCCUGUUCCAGUUCCUUUUUUUUCCUUUCCCCUCCUCCCCUAAAGGGCAGACUCUUUAACCGAAGGUCAGCCAUGGCACCCAAAAAAAGGGGGCGCAAAAAAGAGGAGGCCCCCAAAGAGCAAGAAGUUGAUCCCAAUAUUGUGCCAGAACAUAGUCGGGAAUUUUAUCUGAUCCAGAUCCGAGAUUUGGAGGGGCGUCUGGCCCGGUACCAGCAGAAAUGGGACCAGUUACAGGUAAGCGAAGAACUUUUCCGGAGCGAAUAUGAAAAAAUGUUGACCGACAACAAGGAGAUUGUGGCCUUCCUGAAGAAGACCCUUAACCAACGGGUGGACGAGAUUGCCGAGUUGAGCGUUCAGCUGCAGAAUCUCCAGCAGGCUAAAGACUUUGAGAAGGACGCCUUCGAAACCCAGCUGGUCCAACUGAGGCACGAAUUCCAAGAGACCAAGGACCAGCUGACCUCGGAGAAUAUGCUGCUGAGUGGGAAGUUGGCCGCGCUGGAGGAAUUUCGAUUGCAGAAAGACGAGAUUUUGGCAAAAUUUGCCGAGCGGGAAAGCCAGCUGAGGAAGGAAGAGGAACAGCAUAAAGACAUCAUCUAUAACCUCGAACGGAAGGCGGUGAUUGAUAAAGAGAGAAUGAAGAAGGACAUGCUGCACCGGGUGAACGCCGUAGCCGCCGAGUUCCGCAAAGUGGCCAACAACCAGAUGGCGGAGACCACCAAGCGCACCAUCCGGGAGAACGUGGCCAUCAGCCUGCAGCUGACCAAGGUGACGGAGCAGAGCCUGCAGCUGAUCCAGGAGAACGACCGCCUGAAGGAGGGCCACGCCGAGGCCGUCAAGCAGCUCCAGCUGCUGGAGCAGAACGAGAAGAGAAUGAUCACCAACCGGCUUAGCCACCAGAAGAUCAUCUGGAUGUUGACGGAAAAAUGCAAAGAGCUGGAAAGCCAGUUGGAGGACCACCUGAAAACAAAGACCCUCCUGGCCAAGAUGCAGAAGUCCAGCGAAAGCCUCUUCCAGCAGAAUUUGGUCCUCCGAGAAGAGCUGAGCAUGCUGAAGGAAGAACUGAGCCAAAAGCUGGCCAAGGAACACGAUCAGAUGAAGCUACUGCAGAGCGAACAGCAUCGCAGGGUCAAUGCCGAGAGGCUGUUGAAGUACACAGCUCAGGGCCUCAAGGAAGUGCUGGCGGAACGGCCGCUGGCGGAGGAGGAAGAUGGCGACUUUGACGUGGUGUUCCAGCUGCGGCGUAAAAACGCCUUGCACGGCAUCCUACGCUUUGUCCAGAGGGGCAUCGCCCGCCUGGACACUCAACAAGGCCUCCGCCCCGUCGCAAUCGAGAGCAAGGUGGUGAAAGUCACCAACCUAUCCAGAAGCUUCUCCAGCGACUGGCACAUGAGGGCCCAGCGCACCACGUCCUACUGCAACAUCUUCAAGCUGCCCAAGCCGGCGCACAGCCUGCCCUCCCUGGAGUCCGUCUCGUCGGCGCAGGUGGUCUCCCUCCGCCCAUACGGCAGCGCCAAGGAGUCUAUACUGUCGUGGAGAACCGAAGAGAACAGCCACGCCAGCCUGCCAGCCAGGAGUGCAACCCAGGUGCCAGAGGAAGGGCUGCGGGCAUCGGAGGAGGUGGUGAUCCAUGAAGACUUGCCGGAAAUAGUGACUCACCUUGCCAAACAGGAGCUAAUCAGCAAGUAGGGCGGAAGA